AAAUAUAUAAGUUUUUUAAAAAUAGACAAACACAUCAAUUGAAGCAUAUGCUUAAAAACGUUUCAUAUGAUGCUUAUCUGUCUCUGCCUCACAAAGCGGAUAUCCCUUUUAGUUACGCUUUCAUCUUCUUCAGAUUCCUUCUCCUCAAAAAAAAAAUCUGAUCUUUUCAGUCUGACGUUGCUGUUUUAAUCGAUUUUACGACACCCAAAUCGUCAAAAAUUUAUUAACUUAAGCUUUGAAAUAUAAAAAAUCAUCAUGACCCUUUCUUCUCUCUCUAUAAAUCUCUCUUUGACUUCUCCUUUUCUUCCAAGCACGACCACCAACACUUGUUCUUCUUCCUCUUCCCCUGCAACCACUUGUUCUCCCAGGUGUUCCUUUGUUAAUUCCCCUGUUUCUUUCGGUAUCUAUCGUCCCCGGAGACCACCCAUUAGCUUGAUUCGCAAGAAAAGUAAGCUCUUCCGCCAAGAGACCAGACGCGAGUUGGUUUCUGCUUCUGGGUCGAACGAUAUGACUGUUCCUGAAGUUAGGGAAGAAGACGAAUCGGAGAUUGAGGCUCCGCUUCUCGAUCCUGAGUCGUACUCCAAGCCGAGGAGAAUUGCUCUCUUUGUUGAGCCUUCGCCGUUUUCCUAUGUCUCCGGAUACAAAAACAGGUUCCAGAAUUUCAUUAGGUAUCUGCGUGAAAUGGGAGAUGAGGUCAUAGUCGUGACGACACAUGAAGGUGUUCCCGAAGAGUUUUAUGGAGCCAAAGUCAUUGGAUCAAGAAGCUUCCCGUGCCCUUUGUACCAAAAGGUUCCCCUCUCGCUUGCGCUUAGUCCAAGAAUAAUCUCGGAAAUUGCUCGGUUUAAGCCCGACAUAAUUCACGCUUCAUCUCCCGGGAUAAUGGUUUUUGGUGCUCUGGCAAUAGCAAAAAUGCUAUCUGUACCAAUAGUAAUGUCUUACCACACACACGUCCCUGUAUACAUCCCAAGAUACACUUUUAGUUGGUUGGUCCAACCAAUGUGGUCAGUAAUAAGAUUUCUUCACAGAGCGGCUGAUCUUACAUUAGUUCCUUCCGCUGCCAUUGGAAAAGAUCUUAUAGCAGCUGGUGCAACUGCAGCGAACCAACUUCGACUUUGGAAUAAGGGUGUCGAUUCAGAUAGCUUCAAUCCCCGUUUCCGUUCUCAGGAAAUGCAAAAGCCACUAGUGAUCCAUGUAGGCCGAAUCGGCGUAGAAAAGAGUUUGGAGCUUCUAAAAAGUGUAAUGGACAAAUUACCUGAAGCUCGGAUUGCUUUCAUUGGGGAUGGACCAUACAGAGAGGAUCUUGAGAAGUUGUUUACCGGAAUGCCAGCGGUUUUCACGGGAAUGUUGCAAGGCGAUGAACUCUCACAAGCUUACGCAAGCGGAGAUGUGUUUGUGAUGCCAUCAGAGUCAGAGACACUUGGCCUUGUAGUUCUCGAGGCAAUGGCUUCAGGACUUGCCGUUGUUGCGGCUCGUGCCGGUGGAAUCCCUGAUAUAAUCCCUGAAGACCAGGAGGGCAAAACCGGGUUUUUGUUCAACCCUGGAGAUGUUGAAGACUGCGUGACAAAGCUGAGGACUUUAUUGCACGACAGUGAAACAAGAGAGAUCAUCGGAAAAGCGGCAAGAGAGGAAACCGAGAAGUAUGAUUGGAGAGCAGCAACGACAAAGAUACGCAAUGAACAGUACAGUGCAGCGAUUUGGUUCUGGAGGAAGAAGAAAGCUCAGGUUUUGGGACCUGUAAAUUGGUUGGUUAAACGACUGUUUCCGGUGCCGGAAGUUAACGUGUAGACGAAACAAUGAAAGAGAGAGGGAUUUGGGUUUGGAAUGUGAAAAUUUGAUUUUUAAGCUGAAAAUCCUCGGUUUAGUUAAUGGUGUUUUUAUCUUAUACUUGGGAUUGCUUGUUGCUUAUCUGUUAAUGGAAAGGGUUGAUGUCGUAAGAUAUGUGUAUAUGUCUAAAUAAGGAUGUAAAACCUUGUUUGGACUUUGGCUUCUAGGUCACUUUGUGUUUUAUUUUUAUGUAUGAAACUAUUUGUUGUUUGUUUUGUAUAAAAUGAUUAGCAGCUUGUAUUAGGUUAAGGCUCGGGAAAACUUAUCAUAAAUUUGACAAAAAUAAAGUAUCA